AUGGCCCCUACUCCUACCUCCGUCCCCUCCCAGGACCAGGUCCUCGUCCCCGAGACCCUCCUCAAGAAGCGCAAGAGCCAAGAGGCUGCCCGCGCUGAGCGUCGCGCCGAGGUUGAGGCCAAGAAGAAGGCCAACAAGGAGAAGCGUGGUGUCAUCUUCAAGCGCGCCGAGUCCUACGUCAAGGAGUACCGUGACGCAGAGCGCGAGAAGAUCCGCCUGGCCCGCGUUGCCCGCCAGGAGGGUAACUUCUACGUUGACGAUGAGCCCAAGUUGGUCUUCGUUGUCCGUAUCAAGGGUAUCAACAAGAUUGCCCCCAAGCCCCGCAAGAUCCUGCAGCUCCUUCGUCUGCUCCAGAUCAACAGCGGUGUCUUCAUCCGCCUGACCAAGGCCACCCAGGAGAUGUUGACCAUCGUCAACCCCUACAUCGCCUACGGUUACCCCAACCUGAAGUCCGUCCGCGAGCUCAUGUACAAGCGCGGUUACGGCAAGGUCGACAAGCAGCGUGUUGCUCUUACCGACAACCAGAUCAUCGAGGAGAACCUCGGCAAGUACGGCAUUGUCUGUAUGGAGGAUUUGAUCCACGAGAUCUACACCGUUGGCCCCAACUUCAAGCAGGCCAACAACUUCCUGUGGCCCUUCAAGCUCUCCAACCCCACUGGUGGUUUCCGCACUCGCAAGUUCAAGCACUACAUCGAGGGUGGUGACCUGGGUAACCGUGAGGAGAACAUCAACGCUCUCAUCCGCCAGAUGAACUAG